ACGAUGUCGAGGAGCAUGACGGAGGGGACGAGGACGAGGGCGAGCAGAGCGCAGACGACGAGGCGUCGCGCGAGGAGAAGCGGCGGCGCGAGCGCGAGAAGCGGCUCGCAAGGAGGGAGAAGCUCGCCGACAAGCUCAUGGACGUGUUCGGCCUGGACGAGCCUGAGGAGGUCGUCGCCGAGUACCCGUGCUGGCUGUUCCGCGCCAUCCUGCUCCAGGGCUUCCUCUACGUCACGGCCGGCCACCUUUGCUUCUACGCCUACCUCGCCCAGAAGGAGGGCACGACGGUCCGGUCGGGCUCGCUCUCGGUCCGCAGCAGCCGCACGAGGCGGUACGGCAAGCACUGGUUCGUCCUCAAGGACUCGGUCUUUUCGUGGUUCCCGUCGUCGACCGACCCGUACUUCCCCGACGGCCACAUCGACCUGCACUACGCCAUCUCGGUGGAGCCGUCGCAGUUCCACAAGCACCACUUCAAGGUCGCGACCGCCGACAAGAAGUGGCACUUCAGCGCCGACAGCGAGGCGUCGCGCGACGAGUGGGUCAAGACGCUCAAGAAAGGCGUGUUCCGGUGCCAGAACGAGGGCGAGAGCGUCAAGAUCGCUAUCCCGCUCGAGACGAUCGUCGACGUCGAGAAGAGCUCGAGCCUCGAGUUUGCCGAGACGAUCCGGGUCCGCGUGUACGACGCCGACGAGUUCCGCCGCACGUUCGGCCUUUCGGAAAAGGAGAUCUUGCUCGACCGGUUCCCGGCGUACCUGUUCCGAGGCCUGCCGAUCUUCGGCCACGUCUACAUCUCGAGCGCGCACUUCUGCUUCCGGUCGGCCGGCCUCCUCACCGCCAAGACCAAGAUGAUUCUCCCGCUCAGCGACAUCAUCGGCGCCUCGAAGCAUCGCUCGUACCGCAUCGGCUACUCGGGCCUCAUGGUCAUCAUCAAGGGCCACGAGGAGGUCUUCUUCGAGCUCAACAACUCGGACCGCCGCGACGCGUGCCUCGCCAAUCUCGACGAGCAGCGCGAGCUCGUCAAGAAGCAGAAGCGCGACCAGUCGGGCGACGACAAGAAGGACGACGAGUCGGAGGAGCACCAGCAGCUGCGCGACCUGCUCGACCUGUCCGAGGCGCGCUCGGCCGGCCAGUCGCCGCUCGACCUGCCGCACCCUCGGUCCGAGGCGGUCCAGGGCCAGCCGCCCAUCAUGUUCUCGUCGACGACGAGCGACUUCAUCACGUUCAAGCCCGACGAGCCGCUGCGCGUGACGUGCCUCACCAUCGGCUCGCGCGGCGACGUCCAGCCCUACAUCGCGCUCUGCAAGGGCCUCAUGGCGCAGGGCCACAAGUGCAAGAUUGCGAGCCACGGCGAGUACCGCAAGUGGGUCGAGGGUCACGGCAUCGAGUUCUCGGCCGUCGGCGGCGACCCUGCCGAGCUCAUGCAGCUCAUGAUCUCGCACGACUUCUUCACGAUCUCGUUCAUGAAGGAGGCGGUCGGCCGCUUCCGAGGGUGGCUCGACGACCUGCUCGCGAGCGCCUGGAAGGCCUGCCAGGACACGGACCUCCUCAUCGAGAGCCCGAGCGCCAUUGCCGGCUUCCACGUCGCCGAGGCGCUCCGUAUCCCGUACUACCGCGCGUUCACGAUGCCUUGGUCGAGGACUCGGGCCUACCCGCACGCGUUCGCAGUGCCCGAGGUGCACAUGGGCGGCGGCUACAACUACAUGACCUACACGAUGUUCGACCAGGUGUUCUGGCGCGCCACGUCGGGCCAGGUCAACCGGUGGCGCCGCGACACGCUCAAGCUCAAGCCGACGAGCCUCGAGGCGAUGCAGCAGCACAAGAUCCCGUUCCUGUACAACUUUUCGCCCGUCGUCAUCCCGCCGCCGCUCGACUGGCGCGAGAACAUCCACGUCACGGGCUACUGGUGGCUCGACAACCCGGACGACAGCGACCAGAGCAAGUGGGAGCCGCCCGAGGAGCUCACCAAGUGGCUCGACGAGGCCAAGGACAACGACAAGAAGGUCGUCUUUAUCGGUUUCGGCUCGAUCAUCAUCCCCGACCCGCUCGAGAUGACGCGUGUCGUCGUCGAGGCGGCCGAGAAGGCGGGCGUGUACGCCAUCGUCGCCAAGGGCUGGUCGGAUCGGCAAAAGGGCGACGACGACGACGGCGAGCCCGACGAGGAGAAGGAGGAGAAGCGCGAGCAGAACGAGAAGCGCCACCAGGAGCUCAUGGACAAGCCCUUCAUCUUCAGUGUCAAGUCGAUCCCGCACGACUGGCUCUUCCCGCGCAUCUCGGCGGCAGUCCAUCACGGCGGCGCAGGUACGACGGGCGCGAGUCUGCGAGCCGGCCUGCCGACCAUCAUCAAGCCCUUCUUCGGCGACCAGCACUUCUACGCCGACCGCGUCUCCACCCUCGGUAUCGGCUCGCACAUCCGCAACUUUACCGUCGAGAACCUCACCGAGGCCCUCAAGACGGCCGUCUCGGACGACAAGCAGAUCGAGCGUGCCAGGCUCGCCGGCGAGGAGAUCCGCAAGGAGGACGGCGUCGCCACCGCCAUCGAGUGCAUCUACCGCGACCUCGAGUACGCCCGCAGCCUCGUCCCGCCGCGGUCGACCGCUCUCGUCGAGGGUGAGAUCGCCGAGGUCGAGGUCGACGACGACAGCAGCGACGACGACUCGGACAGCGGCUCGUCGUCUUCCUCGUCGGACGAGAAGGACGAGAAGGACGAGAAGGUGGACGACGAGAAGGCGCGCCUCAAGGAGCGCGACGCGACCGAGGCCAACCCGGGCCGGCCCGCAAUCAGUGCACCGCCGACCGAGAAGGUGCAGGGCGUCCAGGACCCGUCGCGCUCGGCGCAGGACCCGGCGUCGCCGUCGCAGCGUGACGAAUCGCGCGCGACGUCGAGCGACGAGGGCUGGGACGUCAUGUCGCGCGGCUCGGCCGCCGACACGACGGUCUCGGCGUCGUGGGAGGACGGCGGCGACGCGUCGCGAGCGUCGUCGAAGGCGCGCAGUACCCGCUCGGGGCCCGAAGGAGGGGUCGAGGGCGCAGGAGGGGAGGAGGACGAUGGCGGCGCGGGCCUGACUGCCCGCAUGCUCGGCUUCCUCGGUAAGCCGGUCAAGGCCGUCAAGAAGGACGCAUAGGAGGUAGAAGAAGGGUUUCUCAUCUUGCACAUAGCUCUCGUCCUUUCCUUGUACCAUCCCGCCCUCCUCCUCCUUCCUCUCUUUCCCUCUUGUCGCUUUCCCUACCUCUCUAUUCUCGCAUGUACUCGAUCCUUGCCUAAUCCUGCAACCGCUGGCAUUCCACUGCGA